AUGAGGGAGGAGGCCGAGAUUGAGCGGCGGGCCCGCCGAGCGUGUCCGCUGGGUGAACUGAGCUCCUACAGCGUCCCAGACUCGGGUGGGCCAGCCCGGGAUGCAGAGGGCUGGACACGCACAGCCGGGCAAGUCCACCGCUCUGCACAGCGCGACUCCGAGUGCGAGGAUGUCAACUGCAUGAGGAAGGGGCUCUCCUUCUUGCCCCCCAGGCUGGAAGAGGAAGAGCUGCCACUGCAGGGGGGGGGGCUGGACAUGUCUGAGGCACCGUCCUGCCCCGGCAAUGAGACCCCUGCCCCAGGCUGCAGCCUGCGGGCCCUGUACUGGGCCUGUGUUUGCAAUGAUGCCCAGCUCCAAGCCAUGCUGGAUGAUGGGGUCUCCCCUGAGGAGGCCACCCAGGUGGACAGCAAUGGGAGGACAGGUCUCAUGGUUGCAUGCUACCACGGCUUCGGGAGUGUUGUGGCCCUGCUCAGCCGUUGUCCUUUCCUGGAUGUGAACAAGCAGGACAAAGAAGGAGACACAGCCCUCAUGCUGGCUGCCCAAGCAGGCCAUGUGCUUCUGGUGAGUCUCCUGCUCAACUAUUACGCCCGCCUGUACCUGGAGCGCCGGGCUGGGGGGCUAACAGCGCUGAUGAAGGCCGCCAUGCAGGACCGCUCUGAAUGUGCUGACCUGACAGCAGUGAAUCCUGUCCGGGGCAAGAAGGUUCUGGAAUGGGCAGUGCUGACCGACAGCUUCAACACCGUGCAAAGGAUCCGGCAGAUGUUGCAGCGGCCCCAAGUAGAGAAGCUCAGCCAGCAUUACCAACCGAAGUGGCCAGCCUUGUCUGGGCUCGUGACCCAGCCCCAGGCUGCCCCAUCUCUCCUAGAGAGACUACAGGCCACCUUGAGCCUCCCCUUUGCCCAAUCUCCUCAAGAGGGGGGCGUCCUGGAUCACCUUGUGACCAUCACGACCAGCCUGGCCAGUCCCUUCCUCACCACUGCCUGCCACACCCUGUGCCCUGACUGCCCACCUGCACUGGGCACCCAAAGCAAGUCUGUGCCACAGCUGCUAGGCACUGCUCCUCCCCCUCCCCCAGUACUGCAGCCCCCCCAGAUAGUCCCUGGCCUCCACGUCCUCAUCCCUUACCAGAGUCCUCAGGGUGCAUUGAGCAUGUGCCCUCAGUGGCUACAGCCUAGGGACAGUACCAGUCCCCAAGUCCCCAAGAUCCUCCUCUCCAAGGCACCCUCAUCUACCAACCAUUGCAAGCCAGAGCCCAGGCCUGCAGAGCAUCGCGGACUGACCCUUCCUGUCUGGCGAUAUCAGGAGCUCAGAAUGCAGAGGAGGAGGCAGCAGGAGGAGGCCAGGUGGGCACAGAGCCAGGGGAAGACGGACUAG